AUGUCAGGAUUACAAACAAGAUUAUUGUCAACCGGUGAAAUGAUUCAACCAGUUCAGCAAGUAUUUGAUCAAAUGAAAGAAAUGGAAGAUCAAUUGGAUCCUUUAUUUUUUAAAAUGGUGGAAUAUUAUUUUGAUAAAGGAGCAGCGGUGAUAAUUCCAAAACUUAUCGAAGAGCAUCCAUCACGUGAAAUGUCAAAAGAAACGAAAGAGAAAUUCGUUCGUGGAGUUAUUGCUAUGAUUAAACCAGCUAGUAAGGUAUUGCAUAUAACAUUUCCGCUUAGACGUGAUGAUGGAACAUUUGAAAUGAUUGAAGCAUGGAGAGCACAACAUUGUGAUCAUCGAACUCCAACAAAAGGUGGCAUUCGUUAUGGUAAAAAUGUUGGCGAAGAUGAGGUGAAAGCACUUUCUGCUUUAAUGACAUAUAAAUGUGCUGUGGCUAAUAUACCGUUUGGUGGCGCAAAAGGUGGUGUAAAAAUUGAUCCAAGCAAAUAUUCCGAAUAUGAAAUUGAAAAAAUCACUCGUCGUAUGACAGUGGAAUUUGCAAAGAAGGGAUUUUUGGGACCAGGAGUUGAUGUUCCUGCUCCUGAUAUGGGUACCGGUGAACGAGAAAUGAGUUGGAUUGCGGAUACAUAUGCGCAAACAGUUGGAUAUACUGAUAAGGAUGCAUAUGCUUGUGUUACCGGUAAAUCGAUCGUUGCUGGAGGAAUUCAUGGUCGUACAGCAGCAACCGGACGUGGUGUAUGGAAUGGUUUGGAAACAUUCUUAAAUAAUUCCAACUAUAUGAAUAAAAUUGGUUUAGAACCUGGAUUAAAAGGAAAAAAAAUUAUUGUUCAGGGUUUUGGUAAUGUUGGUACUUUUACAUCAUAUUUCGUAUCGAUCGGUGGUGGAAUAAUUAUUGGUAUUCAAGAAUAUAACUAUUCGGUGUAUAAUCCAAAUGGUUUGAAUAUUGAUGCAUUGAUUAAAUAUUCUACGGAACAUCGAACAAUAGCGAAUUAUCCGGAAGCUGAAGCAUAUGAGCCAUACAAUGAUUUAAUUUAUGAAGAAUGUGAUGUAUUAAUUUUGGCCGCUUGUGAAAAAGUAAUUAAUAAAAAUAAUGCAAAUAGAAUUAAGGCUAAGGUUAUCGUAGAAGCCGCAAAUGGUCCAGUAACUCCAGCAGCUGAUAAAAUUUUAUUAGCUCGAAAUGAUUGUAUCGUUAUUCCUGAUUUAUUCGUUAAUAGUGGUGGUGUUACGGUAUCAUUUUUUGAAUGGUUGAAAAAUUUGAAUCAUGUCCGUUUUGGUCGAGUUGCUUCAAAGCAUGAAAUUGAUUCCGGUUACGAUUUAUUGGCAAGUAUUCAAGAAUCAUUGAGACGUGAAUUUGGGAAAGAUAUUAAAAUUGAAAUAUCAGAAGGAUUGAAAAAUCGAUUCAAUUAUAAAUCUGAAGAAGAAAUUGUUUAUUCCAGUUUAGAACUUAGCAUGCAAAAAUCAGCUCAUGAUAUUAUAAAAACGAUAGAGAAAUACAAUCUUGGUUUGGAUUUACGUACCGCUGCUUAUGCGACAGCCGUUGAAAAAAUUUACAAUACUUAUCGUUCAUUUGGUUUUACAUUUGCGUAA